AUGGAAGAAAGGAUUUCCAACAUUGUUAGAGGAAUACUUAGGGGCUUCGGCCAACUGUUGGAAAGCGCUCGGCGAUCCGAAGACGAGGCAUUACAGUCAUCACUCCCACUGAAAUUGGAAGACGAGCUAGCCCGAUUCAAGAUCUGGACUCGAAAUCACGGCGCGCACCGUAUGGGUCGAAACUCUCUCGAACAUCGACUCCAAGAUGCAUCGCAUAUCCAUCAACUAGUCUCCACACUUCUGGGUGACCUCAAAGGGUCUCUUGAUGAAGCGACAAGCAUUUUGACCGGGGAUAAGACACCGUGGGACCAGCUUGAAGUUGACGAAGAGUCACUAAAUGAUCUAGAAACUGAGACGGAGAUUGCACAAAUUGCCCUGGACAUCACGGAGCUAGUGGACUGCCUCUUGCGCUUGAGCGUCCCUAUAAAAAGUCCGGCUCCCCAUGACCAACUAAUGGCCGCAGACCUGACAGACACUUCCGCCUUUGAGGAAGUUGAUAUCCAGCAUGUUAAAGCCAAGUUCCCAAUCAUCGAGGAAUACCUUGCGCAGCGCCUAGGAAGGGCAAUCUCACGACGACGCCAAUAUCUAAAAUAUAGAGAGGCUCGCCACCUGGGGCGUUCUCAUGGCGUCGGACUCCAUGGAGACACGAAACGGAGAGAAGUGGAGCCAAGCACAAUCGAUUCUUCAACAACAUUGCAUGUGAAUCAAGAACCUUCUUUCGGUUCCUCGGAUGAUGAUACUCAAUCGGACGAAGAGGCCUCGCAGGCAUCUAACUCUGUAUCCCCCACCAGUUCAGAAACACUUGAUAUUCCGUCUAUGCCGGAUGAAGGAGCAAACGGACCGUUUCAAUGCCCUUUCUGCUAUUGUUCCAUAAUUAUACCGAGUUCAGAGACUUGGAAGAAACAUGUGUUAAGUGAUCUCCGGCCAUAUACUUGUCUGGCCGAAAAGUGCUUGGCUCCAGAGCAUGAAUUUUCCAGAAAAAAAGAAUGGAUGCAACACAUGCUACAAAAUCACUUGAGAAUAUACCGCUGCCCGUAUGGGUGCGCAAGUAACUUCCACUCCCAAACAGAAUCCAAGGCCCAUCUGAUGGAAACACAUGAAGUAACGGUUCCAGAACGCAGCGCCGAAGAUUUGGUCGAGCUCAGCUCGCAUCCAUUACCGUCCGAUGUGCAGACGAAAUGUCCCUUGUGCCCAAAGGACUUGACUUCGUUGGAGGAAUAUCAACACCAUGUUGGAAAUCAUCAACAAGAGCUUGCUCUAUUCGUUUUGUCUCACAAGGAGCUAACAUAUGCGGGAAAAAGGGAGAACGAGGUAGCCACUAGCCACGAUACUGACUACGCUGCAUCGGCGGAAUACGUAGAACCUACUCCCGAACUGCCUGACAUCCGUGAAAUGGAUUAUGAUGAAAAACGAUCCAAACGGCGUGCGAAAACACAAUUUAUUAGCACUCUCAUUGAGUUGGCGAUAUCACAAGAUUACCAUGUGGACAUUAAUCCUAGAAUUGAUGAUGACCCUAUUGACUUAUUUGCUUUGUUUCAAGCUGUACAGAGAGAAGGAGGGUAUUGGUGGGUCAAUACACGCCGGAAAUGGACUCUUGUGUCCACCGAGAUUGGACUUGAUCCCAAGAUCAUGCCCCAUGCGCCACGCGCAGUAAAAGAGGUAUAUGAGAAGUGUCUCUAUAGAUUCGAAAAGUCUUUGAAAGAGAAAGAUCGCAGCGAACUUGUCGUCGGUGGGGUUUUCAAACGCAUUCCGAAUCCCUGGGAAGACGAAGGACCUUCUGACACCAGAAGUAGUACGGAGAGAGCCGACAGACACAUAGAGAUAAGUGAGGGGGCACCGGAAACAAGAGACGCAGCUAUUCCUGAGACAUUGGAUGACGACAACAAACUACUGUGCUCUUACGACGAAUGUAAACGCAGCAUUCCCAGCAGCGUUUUCUCAACCGAAGAGAGCUUUAAGGACCACAUGCGCCUUAUUCACAACGAUAUAUAUGACGCGAAAUACAAUCCAGUAGAGGAUAUCGAUACAGUUGCCCGCCCGGAAACCCAAGUAUCAAAGCCAAGAGACAGCUUGGAAGAGACCAAGAAUACAGAAUGCCACUCGAGUGAAUACUUCAUUUGCAAAGAUGGCAUAAAUGGACAAGUCAUCGAAGCCAACAUCCAUCGAUACCUCGGUGGGGAUGCUCUAGUACGACCGGCUUACUACUUUGACCCUCAAACUAGCCAAGAUGUCAACGGGUACAGCAUCACCAGUACUCACAAAGUCACAGCAGUAGGCUUCACACUCUUGUGA